CAUAAUCUAAAUAGUAAUAUUCAUAAAAAAUAUAUCUAAAUUGUAUUGCUCAAAUAAGAGAAUUUCAGAUUUGAUCCCCGUCUACUAUAAUAAUAAUAAAAUAGUUAAAUCAUCUUAGCUACAUAAAUUGAGGAGGAUAAGAAUUAAUAAGAGCCAGAUCUUGUAAACCAAAGAUAAAAAAAAAAGACAAUGGAGCAUACUUCUGAAGCCAAUUCACAUCUUUUACUUUUGCCCUUUCCAUUACAAGGUCAUAUUGUACCAUUUAUGAAAUUAGCACACAAGCUUGCUUGUCAUGGAAGUAAGGUCACAGUUCUCACUACAGAAUUCUUACACGAGCGAAUCAAGACGGUCGUGACCGGAGAUAAUAAGGGAUUUGUCAGGAUAGUUUCUGUCCCUGAUGGAUUGCCCAAAGAAGACGAUCGGAAGGACGAAAUGCUUGUAACUCGGAGCAUUUUCACUGUCAUGCCUGGUUACUUGGCAAAGUUUAUAAAUGAACAAGAAAAUGAAGAAAAACUCACUUGUGUUAUUGCAGAUUCUAUCUUCGGUUGGGCUCUGGAGAUUGCAGAAAAAAUGGGACUAAAGAAAGCUAUAUUUUUCACCGCAGCACCAGGAGCCUUGGCCAUGAUACUGCACAUUCCUAGGCUUAUUCAGGCUGGCAUAAUUGAUCCAAAUGAUGGUACUAUGCUAAAGAAUGAGAAGAUUCAGAUAUCACCAAGCUUGCCGGUUUUUAACGACACUGAUCUUAUUUGGAAUAUUCCUGAGAAUGACUUAAUGAAAAAGUCUGCAUUUCAUCAUAUGCUUCUCGUCAAUCAAAACCUCAAAGUUCCCGAUUGGAUCCUCUGCAACUGGUUCGAAAAGCUCGAAGAAUCGGUUAGCAAUUUGCUUCCAGAUUUAGUAACUAUAGGUCCAUUGCUUGCAGAUGAGAAACCAACCGGCAACUUCUGGUCAGAGGAUUUAUCUUGCUUAACCUGGCUUGACAAACAAGCAACCGGAUCAGUCAUUUACGUUGCAUUCGGAAGCGCUGGAAAAUUCAAUCAAAAUCAGUUUAAUGAACUCGCUCUAGGCCUCGAACUUGCCGGACAACCGUUUUUAUGGGUAGUUCGUUCGGACCAAAUCGACGGAAUCAAUAUCGACUAUCCCGACACUUUCCGAGCCAGAACGGCUGAACUCGGAAAGACUGUCGAAUGGGCACCGCAAGAAAAAGUAUUAGCUCAUCCUUCGAUCGCGUGUUACGUGACUCACUGUGGUUGGAACUCAAUCAUGGAAGCUAUAAAUGUGGGAGUUCCAAUGCUGUGUUGGCCUAAUUUUACAGACCAAUUUUACAACAGGACUUGUGUAUGCUAUGGUUGGAAGAUAGGAUUGGAAUUGAAUUCUGAUGAAAAUGGGAUCGUUACUAGGUAUGAAGUUAAGAAGAAAGUUGAUGAAUUGGUUUCUGAUAAGGGUAUAAAUGCAAAUGCAUUAAAGUUGAAGGAGUUGGCUGACGAAAGUAUUGGUGAAGGAGGAUCUUCUUUUAAAAAUUUGGAGAAGUUUGUUGAACAACUUAAGCUUUAGUUCUUAAGUUUCAAAAUGUUUAAGGCCAGUUAUUAUGUGUGUAUGUCCUCUUGUUUAUAUGUUAUUUAAAUGCUGUAAUGUUGGCUUAUUUCCGUCCAAGGUCCCCGUAUUAUCUUCUUUCUCCCGCUAUAAUCCCUACAUUUGAAUUUGUAAUUCUGAACCUCUGAAUUCCAUGUUGGGUAAUACAAAAUCUCUGUUCAUUAA